UUUUACGUAAUUUAUUCAUGAAUUACAUGAUUGAAUAAAUAACAACAAACUCAAAAAUUAUUUUUUCACCAGUUCUAAAAAAUCGGUGAAAGCCAACCUAACCUUAAUUUAUGUUUGCAGUGGUUUGUAGAUAUUUAUUAAUUAAAAACUUUUAGUUCAAUUGAUUAGUAAUGGCAAAACAUCAUCCGGAUUUAAUUUUCUGUCGAAAACAACCUGGCGUUGCUAUUGGGAGGUUAUGUGAAAAGUGCGAUGGUAAAUGCGUUAUUUGCGACUCCUACGUGAGACCGUGCACCCUUGUUCGUAUUUGCGAUGAGUGCAAUUAUGGUUCCUAUCAAGGGCGAUGCGUUAUUUGUGGUGGACCUGGCGUUUCCGAUGCUUAUUACUGCAAAGAGUGUACGAUACAAGAAAAGGACCGAGAUGGAUGCCCCAAAAUUGUAAACUUGGGUAGUUCAAAAACUGAUCUCUUUUAUGAAAGGAAAAAAUAUGGUUUUAAAAGGCGCUAAAUUAAUUUUUAAAUUAGACAUAAGAAUUUAAAUAAAUAAUUGUGUGGUUUUGUAAUAAAAUAUUAAAUGAU